AUGAAUGUAAGGGCGGCGCGGUUCGCCUGGGCCCGGGGCUGGGCAGCCGCUGGCCGGCCUGGCGCUCCGGUGCCCCCGCCGGCCCCCGUGGACGUGGCGACGCUGCUGCGAGAGGCGACGGUAGAGGAGCCGCGGGUGCGCCGGGCGCCGGGCCAGUGCUCGGUGCUGCUGUUCCCCGGGCAGGGCAGCCAGGUGGUGGGCAUGGGCCGCGGGCUGUUGGGCUACCCGCGCGUCCGCGAGCUCUACGACGCCGCGCGCCGCGUGCUAGGCUACGACCUGCUGGAGCUGAGCCUGCACGGGCCGCAGGAGGACCUGGACCGCACCGUGCACUGCCAGCCCGCCGUCUUCGUGGCCUCGCUGGCCGCCGUGGAGAAGCUGCAACAGCAGCAGCCCGCGGUGAUUGAGAAGUGCGUGGCUGCUGCGGGCUUCAGCGUGGGAGAGUUUGCAGCCCUGGUGUUUGCCGGAGCCAUGGAGUUUACUGAAGGUCUGUAUGCGGUGAAGGUCCGGGCUGAGGCCAUGCAGGAGGCAUCAGACGCCGUGCCCAGUGGGAUGCUGUCGGUCCUUGGGCAGCACCAGUCCAAGUUUGCCCUGGCCUGUGCGGACGCCCGGGAGCACUGCCAGUCCCUAGGCAUCAAGGACCCCGUGUGCGAAGUGGCCAGCUACCUCUUCCCUGACUGCAGGGUGAUCGCCGGGCACCUGGAGGCACUGCGGUUUCUACAGAGGAACUCCUCCAAGUACCACUUCCGCCGCACCAAGAUGCUGCCUGUGAGCGGUGCCUUCCACACGCGCCUCAUGGCGCUGGCGCUGGAGCCACUGGAGCAGGUCCUCAAGGCCAUCGACCUCAAGACGCCACUGGUAUCUGUGCACGCCAACGUGAGUGGGCACCGGUACGCAAACCCCGAGCACAUCCGGAAGUUGCUGCUGCAGCAGUUGGUCUCCCCGGUGAAGUGGGAGCAGACGAUGCACACCAUCUACGAGCGGAAGAAGGGUGUCGAGUUCCCCAGAACCUUCGAGGUGGGCCCUGGGAAGCAGCUGGGAGCCAUCCUGAGGAGCUGCAACCUGCAGGCCUGGCGCUCCUACAGCCAUGUGGAUGUGCUGCAGGCCAGCGAGGACCCGGGCCCUGAGCCCGUGGAGACCUCGCAGUGACCACCAGCGGCUCAGGUGGAUGUGCUGCAGGCCGGCGAGGACCCAGGCCCUGAGCCCGGGGAGACCCCGCAGUGACCACCAGCGGCUCAGG